AUGACAAAAUAGAAUAAUAAUAAAUAAAAAUAGGAUAACAAAAUUUAAUAAAUUACUAAAUAAGUUGAUGUAAGCUAAAUAAAUGAUGAAUCAAAACAAUUUGAGAAAAAAAUCUAUUAGAGCUCAAUAAAAGAAUAAUCAACAAACUCAAUCAAUUCUAACUAUAAGUUAGGGUAGUUUAACAAUUUUACAAAAUAAAUAAGAAAAUAAUAAUAACAACAAUAGUCCUCUGAUACUGAACCCAGAUAAAUUAUAAAUUUUUAAUCAAAAUUUAAUUAAAAAAAUAUAUUUCUGAGUAAUUCUCCUAUUUAAAAAUAAAAUAAAAAUAAUAAAUUAAAGAAAAAUGAACAAAAACAAGAAUAAUUAGAGGAAGAAAAAUAUAAAGUUGAAGAAUUUAAUGCUUCUAUAAUAAAAAAUAAUGUAAAAAUAAAUGUUAUAGUAAAAAUUGUAUUCAAUUAUUUGAGCUAUCCAGUUUGUUCUAUUUGUAUUGAUGAAGGCUUAAAGAAAUAAAUAGCUUUCAACAAUAAGCAAUCUAAAAUCAAAGAGAAUGUAUAUUUGCAACAUUUCACCAAAAUGUCUUUAAAAUUUGAAAAAAUUCUGAAAACUGAAAACAUUUCGUUGAAACAGUCAUACAGCUUACUAUAUCUAAAUCAUCUUAGAAAUAUUUAAGAUUUCAUUUAAUUAAAAAAAUACAAUAAAAUAAAGAUAAAUUAUAAUUUAUUUUAGCUAUAUUGA